CCCCCAUCCUCUUCUAACUCCCAAGUCAAGCUCCCGCAUUUCAUCGCAUAUGCCCUCCACCGCACGAAGUUGCACUCAUCUGUGACCUUCGCUGCUCUCGUCCUUCUCCAGCGACCGAAAGUACGCUUAUCCACUGCUUGGGGAUCUUCGGGGCACUGCCUGUUCAUGUCUGCAUUCAUGCUA